CUAAUAUAUUUAACAGGUCUUUUCUUGUUUGUAUAGUACGUGGCUGUGUCUGUGUUCCUGUGUGUUUGUGUUUGUGUUUUUGUUUGUGUGUGUGAGUGUGUUUGGUUAUGGUGCUGAUGCAGGGUGGAUCCCCUGGUGGUGAUGACGUGAUUACAUGUGUUGGCCCGGCUGCGCUGCAGAGUCCGCAGUGGCCUAGCGCCAGCUGGUGGAGGCUGGCAGUGGACUGUACCACCCAUCCGCCCUCUGUAUGCGCACACAGAGAGAGAGAGGGAGAGAGAGAGAGGGAGAGAGAGAGGGAAAACGAUUCAAGUCGUCAGUUCAUCCCAGCCCCCAUCCCUAUUCUCCUUAGCCAGCUCUCACAGUGCAGCCUAGUAUCCGCGUGUGCCUAUAGCAUGUGCCACAGCUCGCAGAAAAUGCUUCUCCCGACAUCGCUGGAGCAACUCCCCGGCUAGAGCCAGCAGUCAGCAAUCCCCUCGGCAUCUAGGAUCAUGCUUUUAAGGUGGGCGAGAAAAUGUAGCUGAGGAUCCGAGAGGCCGAGAAUCCUGAGACCCCUGACACGUCACAGGUCCCUGUGGGGAGGUGGUUGGGGCCAGAGGGCAUCGCUGCUGGAUCGCCGCCUCGCCUCGCCAUGUCCAAGAAGGGGCCAGGGAGCCGGUCCAAGGGAGAGCGGCCCGACGCCCUGGCAGCUCUGCAGGCCGCCAACGAAGAGUUAAGGGCCAAACUGACCGACAUCCAAAUCGAGCUGCAGCAGGAGAAGAGCAAGGUGAGCAAGCUGGAGCGCGAGAAGACGCAGGAGGUGCGUCACGAGCAGAACAAGUCGACGGUGGUGGUGACGGAGCUGCGGGCCAAGCUGCACGAGGAGAAGCUGCGCGAGCUGCAUGGCGUGCGUGAGACGCUGCUGCGCCAGCACGAGCAGGAGCUGGUGCGCGUCAUCAAGAUCAAGGACGGUGAGAUCCAGCGGCUCCAGGGCCUGGUGGCGGCGCUGCGCGACGGCCCCGCCGACAAGCUGCGCUCGGCGCUGGCGGGCGAGGUGCGCGAGGAGGUGCGACGCAGCUUCGAGGGCGAGCGCGGACGCCUGCAGCAGGAGAUCCUGGAGCUGAAGGGCGCCAAGCGGCAGAUGGAGGAGGCGCUGACCACCGCCGUGCAGGCCGACAAGACCAAGGCGGCCGAGAUCCGCAGCGUCUACCACCUCCACCAGGAGGAGAUCAACCGCAUCAAGAGGGAGUGCGAGAAGGAGAUCCGCCGCCUGAUGGAGGAGAUAAAGGUAAAGGACAGAGCAGUGGCGGGGCUGGAGCGGGAGCUGGGCGUGCAGACGGGCGUGGCCCAGCGUCUGGCCCUGCUCAGAGAGGCCGAGCGUCCGGCCGCCGGGCCCCGGCCCGAGCCCCCUUACUCGAGUAGUGCAGGAGACUCCCUCGAGCCCUCGGCCAGCCCCGGACAGCAGUUGGACGAGAAGGACGCCCGUCGCUUCCAGCUGAAGAUCGCCGAGCUGAGUGCCAUCAUACGCAAGCUGGAGGACCGUAAUGCCCUGCUGUCCGAGGAGCGCAACGAGCUGCUGAAGCGCCUGCGGGAAGCUGAGAGCCAGUUUAUGCCUCUAUUGGAUAAGAACAAGCGACUGAGCCGUAAGAAUGAGGAGCUGGCCCACGCCUUCAGACGGAUGGAGAAUAAGCUGCGCUUUGUCACACAGGAGAACAUUGAGAUGAGGGAGAAGGCAGGGACCAUCCGCAGGCCCAGCUCCCUCAAUGACCUGGACCAGAGUCAGGAGGAGAGGGAGAUCGAGUUCCUCCGGCUGCAGGUGCUGGAGCAGCAGAACAUCAUAGAUGACCUGUCCAAGGCCCUGGAAACAGCAGGAUACGUGAAAACUGUCAUAGAGAGAGACAUGCUGCUGAGGUACAGAAGACAAGAUUCAGCUCGACGGAAGAAGUCCAUCAAGCCCUGCAAGCAGCCAGUGAUAGAGACGUUCUUCGGAUAUGAUGAAGAGGCGUCUCUGGACUCGGACGGCUCAUCCAUCUCCUACCACACUGACCGCACGCCCUGCACACCAGACGAUGACCUGGAGGAGGGCAUGAUAAGAGAGGAGACAGAGCUGAGGUUUCGUCAGUUGACUAUGGAGUACCAGGCGCUGCAGCGGGCCUAUGCCCUUCUCCAGGAGCAGGUCGGGGGCACCUUUGAUGCUGAGAAGGAAGUCAAGACACGAGAACAAAUGCAAACUGAACUCAUCCGCUAUCAAACCAGAGUCCAAGACCUUGAGUGUGUUUUAAGUCAGCAAGGCCAGGAUAUGAAAUGGAUUGAGGAGAAGCAGGCGCUGUAUCAAAGAAAUCAAGUCCUUGUCGAAAAGAUAAAGCAAACGGAAUCAGAGGAGCAUCGUUUGAAAAAUGAGAUUCAGGACAUUAAAGACCAAAAUGAACUUUUAGAGUUCCGUAUUCUUGAACUUGAGGAGAGAGAGAGGAGGUCUCCUGCCAUAAACUUCCAUAACAUCUACUUCAGUGAGGGAGUGAGUCCACUGCAGGUCUACUGUGAGGCAGAGGGAGUCUCGGACAUAGUCAUUUCAGAGCUGAUGAAAAAGCUGGAUAUUCUGGGGGAUAACGCCGUAAGUACCCUUUCCAAUGAAGAGCAAGUGGUAGUCAUUCAUGCCAGGACUGUGCUCACUCUGGCAGAGAAGUGGCUAGAGCAAAUUGAGGUGACCAAAUCAGCUUUAACACAGAAAAUGCUGGACAUUGAGAGUGAGAAGGACCUCUUCAGCAAACAGAAAGGAUAUUUGGAUGACGAGCUGGACUACAGAAAGCAGUCAGUGGACCAGGCCCAUAAGCGGAUCCUGGAGCUGGAGGCCAUGCUGUUCGACGCGCUGCAGCAGGAGGCCGGGGCCAAGGUGUCGGAGCUGCUGUCGGAGGAGGAGCGCGACGCGCUGCAGCGGGCAGUGGAGCAGUGGAGGAGACAGGUGCUGAGCGAACUCCGCGAGAGGGACGCACAGAUACUCCGAGAGAGGAUGGAGCUGGUGCACCACGCACAGCAGAGAAUUAAGGAGCUGGAGGAGUGGAUAGAAGCACAGAAACGACAGAUAAAGGAAUUAGAAGAAAAGGUCUCCAGACAGCUUUGUCUGUUGGAUGUGUCUGAUGGAAGGACCACAGCUGAGAGCUUCACCCUGAUGUGGAGUAUGAUGUUGUAUGUUGUUGGACUAAGACCCAAACAGACACUGAGGACAUGAUACUGGUUACACGGAGAACUACAGCUACUGAACUAUGGUGCUCAUUAAGGGACAAAAGAGAAGGCCCCUUUUUUUAAUUGGGAAGAGCUCUGUCUGUCCGGCGUGUCGGAUUUGGUGCAUGUGGAAUUUAAGGACUCUUAAAUUGAAGCACUCCCUCUUUCUCUUUCCCUGCUAAGCAGGUGGUGCUGGUGGCUGCUUCCCAGUGGAAGCCUGAGAAAACGGAGAGGUGUUACCAUGGCAACCCUGCCCCCACUGUUUACAUGAUGUAAUGAGGGCCCUAUGACAGGCGCAGUGCACCUCGGGCACAGCCAAUCUCCGAGGAGCUCGCUGCCACCAGCUCUUCUAUUGCAACUACCGAGAUGAAAACUCUUAAAAGCCAAACCAUGGAACUGAACCUGUCCUUUGUUUUCUAAUUUGAAGGGAUGGAAAAAAAAACAUCUCUCAGAGGAGAAGCUGAAAUCCUGAAAAGACAGUGUUUUUCUCUUUUUUUGUUUGUUCUGGUUUUCCCUUUCUCUAGUUUUUUAAAAACUCUGUAUCUCUCUCUCUCUCUCUCUCUCUCAGUGGCUGGAGGGAAUGAAGUAAAAGCUCCUUUGACCUUUCCUACAGUGUGUGUGUGUGUGCACAGGUGUGUUUACCUCAGAUGCAUGGUGCUGGCCAGACCGUGGCGAGAGAUGUGCUGAAAGGUGUGCAUAGGUGGAGCAGGGGUUGGGCUUCAGGUGGGGGGGUUCAACAGGUGAGCUGCUGUCUAGGUGCAGCUCCAACCUCAGGCUGUUAGGCUGUUCCGUCCUCCAGGCUGUAGGGAAGGCCAUUCCUCUGCACAGGUGUUUAUCACACAGCCUUUCUGGACACAUCAACAGGACUAUUCCACUGAACUCACAGCAUGCUUUAACAGGGGACAAGGGAGAGCUCUGAUGCCUGCCAUAUUAACAGGAGGAAGGGAACAUCUGCAUCAUCUCCCCGAGGCCUGACACAACAGCAGGACCCUCCCUCUCCCUGCCAGCAGGGCUGAGGUCCUCUGCUGUGGUGUCCUUCCGACUGCCAGGUGUUCUGACCCUCUCAGCACCACACUUCGUCUCUGCAGCCUCUCCACCACCUCUCCUCACGACACUCACUGAUGACUGGACGCGUCCACCCUCCUCCUUAGGCAUCGUUACCUGUCCGUGCAGUGUCCACCUCGUCUCAAACACAUAGCUGGCACACUCUGUAAGAGGAUUGCUUCUGACAUGCCAUCCCCAAAUAUGUCUCAGUCCAUUUAGAUGUGGUAAUCAGUUGAGAUGUGACCAUUUUUGAUCAGUGUGCUGGUGAUGUUUUGGCCUGAGCUGCAACGAUGUCUUUGUGUUUGUUCUAUGCAGACACAUAUCUGUAAAUGCCUUAAUUUCAAUGAUGAUUUUCUUUUUAUGGAGCCUUAUGUUGAUUAGGAAUAUGUUUUAACUGUCCACCACAUUUAUUUUGCAUUGACUGAAAUAAAGCAACUGGGUUUUCUCUAUAAAGAUUUUCUUGUGGAAGGAAUAAACCUGACACUUUAUGUCAAAGUGCUAUGUGUGUGUAACUGCCUUUGUUUGUGUGUGUGUGUGAGUGUGUGUGUGUGUCUGUUUGUGUGUGUGUGUGUGUGUGUGUGUGUACGUGCGAGCAUGUGUGUAUCUGUGUGUGUGUUUGCAAUAGUGGCAACUCCAACAGGAUGCCACAUUCAAGAUGUCACAUGCAAGUCCAGCAAAGCUCACCCAUAUUGUCAUUUGUAGAUUGUAAUCUGAAUGUCAUUUGUAUUUAGAUUACAGAUUACUAUUUAUUUUGUGUCCAUAAGCAUAAAGAUAGCCUUAGCACAAGUUAUACAGAGCAUCAAAGUUUACAAACAUUGUUGGCUGUCGGUUUACCCGGUCCCCACAACAUCUGCCAGCCUGUGUGUGUGUGUGUGUGUGUGCAAUUAACAUGUGACAACUUGAGACAUACUGAGCCAUAACACAUAUAAAAACUAAACAACAAAGGUUUAUCAGACAAAGUAUUUUUCAUUCCAAAAUGAUUAUCUGACUUAGGUAGUCUACAAUUAAGGGAAACUUUUCUCUUGUUCAAUUUGACUCUUUCUUCAAAAGCAUUUUAUACAAGAUCCCCUGCUGUUUAUGAGUGUGUGGAAAAUUGCUCUUAUGUCUUUGGCACUAUAAA